UCCACUUCUCUGCAAGAUGUCGGGUGGCCUCCUGAAGGCGCUGCGCAGUGACUCCUAUGUGGAACUGAGCCAGUACCGGGACCAGCACUUCUGGGGUGACAUUGAAGAACAAGAAAAAUUACUGAAGAAAAGCUGUACAUUGUAUGUUGGAAAUCUUUCCUUUUACACAACUGAAGAACAAAUCUAUGAACUCUUCAGCAAAAGUGGUGACAUAAAGAAAAUCAUUAUAGGCCUGGAUAAAAUGAAGAAAACAGCAUGUGGUUUCUGCUUUGUGGAAGCAGAUGAAGAAUAUGCCAUGCGGUACAUAAAUGGAACUCGCCUGGAUGACCGGAUCAUUCGCACAGACUGGGAUGCAGGCUUUAAAGAGGGCAGACAGUACUGCCGCGGACGGUCUGGGGGCCAGGUACGAGAUGAGUAUCGGCAUGACUACGAUGCUGGCGGGGGGGCUAUGGAAAACUGGCCCAAAAAACCAAUGAGCGGUGAGAGCCGCAUCAUGAAAAACACACUCCUCUGGCCUGUUGAAUUUGACCUACGUUACCCAAGGUCUGCAAACCUGCCCAUUUUUACCAAGCUUUGAUCAAUGUCUCUACUGAACUGGAAACCUCUGAAAAUUAUUAAAGGACAGAAUCUAAAAUAAUGCCUUUA